CUAUUACUGUGCUGUCGUUAGUCUUCCCGUCAGACCAAAGGAAGUUUGAAGUUUCGACUAAACUUGCGCUUCAGUUUCAGUUUGCUCUUUGGCAAAACAUCUUGGAUUGAGCUCCAAAACACUGACUUCAGAACAACACAUUCACUCUCGUAACCUCCCGAAUCUGGAAUAAAGAAUCCUCUGAACCAAUUCUCUGGCCGGAAUCAUUUUCUCCAUAGUUAUCAAGCCCAACCAGUGUUGUCCCGAGGUCCUCAUCCUCACAGAUACCUUUGGUCCACUGAACUUUCCAGUGAUUACAGAUGUUGGUGCCACAACUGCUCUUGGAGACUCUGGAGGACCUGAGUGGUGAUGAUUUCAAUAAAUUUAAGUGGUAUCUUGGUCAGAAGAUCUUGCAAGGCUGUGAAAAAAUUCCCAGGUGUGAUCUGGAGAACCCACACCGGCACCACACUGUUAGUAGGAUGGUGGAAACCUACGGUGAAGAAAAGGCUGUGAACAUGACAGUUGAAAUCCUGAGGCUAAUGAAACACAACAACGCUGCCGAGGAGUUACAGAAAAAAUACAGAGAUGGAGCAGCAGCUCAGGAAAACGUUUCUCGUCCAUCUGCAACCUCCUCAUCUGCUUCAGGUCUUCCAACUGGUCAGAAAGUCUCUGCUGAUGGUGCAGCUGGUGCCCACUUCAGAGAACCUUAUAGACAAGCUCCCGCUCCAAGGGCCCCAAAUGAUUUUCCCUUUUUUUCCCCGGGUGAACUUGGUGGGGAUUUAAGCAGUGGUAUUGACGAUUAUAUCAAAAAUGUUCUGAGGGGUAAUCUUGGCAGGAAUGUCCGUGCUGAUAAUCGCGGUAAUGUCACAGGUAAUCAUGGCGGGAAUGCCGGUGGUGAUAUUCACGGUAUUGUUACACGUCUUCUUGAAGGAGAUGUUGGCAGGAAGUUUGGCAGGAAUGUUCUCACUCAUGUUAAUGGUAAUCUUGAGAGUAACUUUUCCGGUAUUGUCAAUGGUAGUGUCAAUGGGAAUGUUGGCAGUAAUUUUUCUGGUUUUAUCAGAGGUGAAGUUUGUGGUAAUCUGGGCAAUAAUUUUUCCGGUGUCAUUGAAGGUGAUGUAUGUGGUAGCAUUGGCAGUAAUUUUUCCGGUGUUAUCACAGGUAAUGUCGAAGGAAAUGUUGGAAGUAAUUUUAAUGGUAUUCUCAUGGGCAAUGUUGGUGGUAGUAUGGGCAGUAAUUUUCACAGAGUUACCGAGGUUAAUAUUGGUGAUUAUAUUCGCAAAAUUGUCAUGAGAAGUUGGUAAUAAUGGAGUUUAACUCAAUUACUACUAUGACUAAGUAGAAGACAGGAGCAGGAUCAGUCUGCAACAACUGAAAGACAAAAAAAUUAAAUAUGUGUGUUUUUUUCCCACUCAGUUUGCGAAGAUCGUUUCUCGAUUUAUGUAGUUUCUGUUUCUGUUGUUGUUUUUAUACAUUGAACUCUCUGGGGCCACCAUAUAAUGUUUUUGUUUUUCAUGUAAAGCAGUUUAUACAUAUUUUUUAAAGGUCUAUAAGUUGGGACACUGAACAUUAUGAAAACAGAAUGCAAUAAUUUGUUAGUUAUUUGUAACACACAUUCAAUUCAGUAUAGCUGAAAGACCAAAUUUUAAUGUUCAACUGAGGGAAAUCUUUUUUGUAAAUAUUUCAACUUUACAAUCAUUCUGAAUUAGAUGCAUUCUGGUUUUAUCUUCAUUUUACACAGUAUUCUUCAUAGUUCCACAGUUUCAUACGUACGUUGAUAUGAGCUGUUAUCAGCACAAACACUGAGAACAACCGUUAAAAUAUGGUUGAAAGCUCUGGUAAAAAAGCCAGUAAGUGGAUGUUGAAUUGAGAUCUUUUGGCAGGAAAUUUUUUUCGUCUCUGGAUGUAUCCAGCCAGGCAGAUGUUAUGUUUACAUUUUAUAUUAAUGUUUCCAUUCAUUCAGUUUUUUAGUUUCAAUGUAUUAUACUACUUUCUAGGACAGAUUUGAUUUCACUGUUGUUUUGAAUUGUUUAUUCCCAUGUAAAGUAAAAUGUAACUUUGUUUUGAAAGGUGUAAAUAAAGUUUAUUUUUUAGUUUUAUAAAGUUGUUAGACCAUCUCUAUUAAAGGGUCAGUUCACCCAAAUUAUUUAACUUAUUUUAUGAGAGUGCAGCUUACUUUUG